AAACGACGUGGUUGUCAUGUACUUAUGCUGAUUACAAAAUUGCAAAGUCUGGUCAGAACCAUCAUUUGGUCGGCAUUGAGAGUUUUCCUUCUUUUUGAAUGGACAGGAAUUGAGAGUUGAUGGUGCAUGGUGCCAUUUAAGCGAUGUUCAAACGGGAGCUGUAAAUCAUCCCGCAUUCGGAAAUUAUUAAACCAAUGGCAGUUCAUGGGCAGGCAAAGCCCUGCACGAAUCUUGGCGGCUCGCAUCCUCUAUUGCGGCGCUGCAUCAUGGACACGCCAGCCUGCCAAAGCCAAAGCCAAAGCGCCCCAAUGCGAUGCCACGAAAAAGCGAUCAGCGUCAGACACAGCCGCGCGACAAGCUGCUAAAGAAACCCACAUAAAAACGCGCAGCGCCCGGAACGCCGCGCGGCGACCACGGUGCCGUGCGGGGGUGUCUGCGUCUCUCUCCCUCCUCUCUCUCUCCGCCGACGAGGCGCGAGGGAGUAAGGACGCGCGCGCCGGCCGACGGCACGCGGGCCGAGGGAAUGGCCGCCGCCGCCACCGCCACCGCCUCCUCGUCCUCGUCAACCUCCUCCUCGGCCGGCUCCUCCGCGUCCACCUCCACGCCCCGGCCCGCCCCGCGCCAGGCCGCCGCCGCGCCGUCGUCGUCCCCGGUGUUCCUCAACGUGUACGACGUGACCCCCGCCAACGGGUACGCGCGGUGGCUGGGGCUCGGCGUGUACCACUCGGGCGUGCAGGUCCACGGCGUGGAGUACGCGUACGGCGCGCACGAGGGCGCCGGGAGCGGCAUCUUCGAGGUGCCCCCGCGGCGGUGCCCCGGCUACGCGUUCCGGGAGGCGGUGCUGGUGGGCACCACGGCGCUGACCCGCGCCGAGGUGCGCGCGCUCAUGGCCGACCUCGCCGCCGACUUCCCGGGCGACGCCUACAACCUCGUCUCCCGCAACUGCAACCACUUCUGCGACGCCGCCUGCCGCCGCCUCGUCGCCCGCGCCCGCAUCCCGCGCUGGGUCAACCGCCUCGCCAAGAUCGGGGUCGUCUUCACCUGCGUCAUCCCCAGCAGCAGCAGGCACCAGGUGCGCCGCAAGGGGGAGCAGCAGCUGCCCGCGGCCGUCAAGAGCCGCUCCGCGCGCCAGGCCGCCGCCCCGCCGCGGCCCAGGACCUUCUUCCGCUCCCUCUCCGUCGGCGGCGGCAAGAACGUCACGCCCCGCCCGCUCCAGACCCCGCCACCGACGCCGCCGGUGGCCCCCGCCCUGACGUUGACGACGCCGACACCAACGCCGUUGGCCUCCAUGUAACGGCGCCAUUACUCCUUUUUCGUUUACAGCUCACACCUUCCAUUUUUUUUCCUUCGACAGUUACCUGAAUUUUGUCCAUAGUACUACUCUUCGAGAUUAAGAUUUGUGCUCUGCUAGUAGUAGUACUGCACUGUCACCAUGAUUACCAGUAGUAACUGCAGUUCAUUAGGCUAUUAAUUUCCGAAUUUGUCUGGCUUUACUA